ACUGUUUUUGUGGUCUUAUUUAACAAAUUUUAUAAUUUCUUUUAAUGUUAAAUUCUAAUCAUACUAAUGGUCAAACAAGUGAUUCAAACAAAAUACAACUAUCUCUGAUAACUAACAACCACUUUGAUAAAUGGAAUGUUCUUUUAAAUUACGGAUCUUUUACAAAAGAAUUUAGACAAUUUUUAUUGGAUACACAUUGUUAAUGUUUGAUAUAUUGUAUUACUGUUGAUGAUAUUCCUUGCGGAAUAAUUUAUCAGUGAAUCAGAUUCAAUAUUUCAAAAAAGAUGCUGAAAAAUACAAAUCACUUGUCCAGUACCCCGUCUACUCAUCCAAACGACCGUGAAAAACUGUUUGAUUUUGGAUUGCCGCCCAGUGCAAGAAAAGCUUAUGGAAAUCUCGCUGAACAAUCUACUAGGAAAGCCUAUAGUAAUAUUAAUCUCAGUGAUACAUUAACUGACACAGAUGAGGAUUAUUCACAAAAAGACCGCCGAUAUUCAUACUAUGAUCAUUCUAGCACCAAACAGAAUGCGAAAAUAGUGAAAGCAGGUUCAUUCAAUUGCACUGAUUCUUUUAGCUAUGAAAAUGGUUCAAGUGACUGGAAUUCAAGUAAUUAUCGUCACUUUCCACGAUUCAAACCUUCUGAUGAGAAAAUUGAAAAUGAUACACAAUUUGGUAAACAAUCUGAAUCACCAUCUAUAAAUAGAAAUAUUAGUCCUGUGGCAAUUGCUUCAUCUACACCAAAAAUAAAUCAUAAAACACCGACAGUUAUGAAUAUAACAAAUUCAUCUGUCGUUACAGGGAAUUCUUUUGAAGUUUCUGCCGAUGGAAUGAAUAAUAGUAGUAUUACUCAGAAUAAUCCAUUUUCACCAAGGAAUGCAACUCCUACUGCAGAAACUAGUGCAAUUGAUGAUUCACCCAGUAUGAUGAGAAGUAGUGUAAUAUCUCCUAGUAAGUUUAGAACUUUUCAGACAUCAACAAACGAAGAUAAGGUUAAUAAUCAAUAUAAAAUGAAACAAGAUAAAUAUUUAAAGUCAUCUAAUAUUGUUAUUGUUCAUGCAGAAGAUGUGACUAAUAAUUACAAAGAGAUUUAUCCACGGUUUACUGAAAGUUUAAUGCAUUCAUAUAACAAUCACAGCAUGGCAAAUUCACCAAAAGUGAGUAAUAGACAGCAUAUACAGUUAGUUUAUGCUAAACCAUCGAAAUUGAGAAGGGAUGUUAUGGCACAUAAUGAUCAUGAAGAAAUAUCACCAGUAAAAAUGAGCAUUGCACCUGUAACUUUAUCAGCGCCUACAGAACCAUAUAUGUUUGAUGACUAUUUUAUAAUUAGAAAACCUGAUCUAAGUGAUAUACCUGAACAAAAGCUUGCAACUUUAUCUAAUCAAUUUGGUGAACUUAAUGAUUCUGUGGAACGUGUUAUUAUUCGUAUAUUCGAUUCAGCUGUAGUUCCAGGUGGUGCACUACGUGGUGUUGUUUAUAUAUGUCUUAAAGAACCAAUUAAAUUGAAUACUUUAUUUAUUACCACAGAAAUGGUUACGAAAACAAUAUCUUCAGAUGAGAAACAAGAUAUGGAGAAACGAAUACCUAUAUCAUAUACUGUUUUGUCAGAUGACCCAUCAGUUGGUAAAAGAAUGCCAAUACGUAAAUUUACUUGUCAAGAACCAGAAUUUAUGCAGUCACCAGUAAAAGAAGUUGAUCUUAGUGAUCCAUGUUUCUCACCAUAUAUUGGACCUGUCCAACUUGCUCCAGGUGAUCAUGCAAUUCCUUUUGCGUUUCCUCUUGAAAGUGAUGCACAUCCGUCAAUAUUACUGAAGGGUAAAGUUGGUUUUACGCAUGAAGUAGAAAUUAUACAUAGAUAUUAUAUCUAUGGAACCAUCAGAUUGAGUCGACCAAAUGAAAAUAAUUCAGUAACAAUCAGUACAGAUAAUUUAAAUGUCAAAGUUCUUAGUUGUGGUCCACCAAAUUAUACACUUCCUAAUGGUGGACGAAUACCAGCUAUCAUGAAAACAUUUACAAUGGAAAAUAGACAAAUGUUAAUACAGAUUGAAAAUAUAAUCUUUCAAGAGGCUGAUGAUAUUAAUAUUUAUAUAUUUACGGAUGAACCAGUUGGUAUACGUUAUGCUGAAGCUUAUUUACUUCGUAUAUUUCAUAUACCUGGAUUAAAAGUUUCUGAUACAAAAGCAUUAUAUAAAUUGAAGAAGUAUCCUCCUAAUGUUUUUAUUGAUGGCCGUACAGAAAAAACUACUUUUACUGAAAAUCUACCUUUACCAUUCUCUGAAGCAGCUGAAAUUGAAAGUGGACGAUUAUUUUCUAAUUCACAACAUUUACCAAGUCAUUAUCGUGAUUUUCGUGUAUCAUGUGAAUCUUUAAACUCAACAGAACAAUCACAAAGAACAUUACAUUGUGAUUCAUAUAAAGAUUUACCUAGAGAUGCCCGUAAAGCCGGUUGUCAUUUAACAUUAAACGUUCCAAUCAAUUCAGUUCCACAAAGCUGCUUAGAAUCACUGAAGAUAACUUAUUAUAUUAGGGUACUUAUACAUGGUAAACGUAAAGUAAUGGCUUAUAGUUUACCAAUAUCAGUAGUUGAACAACGUACUAAAGAUUAUAAAAUGCGUUAUUUGGGUGAAGGCAAUCAUAUAUACGAUCCAGAAUAUUUAAAAUUAAAACGUGACAGUAAAUGUUCCGUUUCAUAAAAUUUGGAUACAAAUAAAUCAACUGAUAUAAUACAAUGAAAUUUAAAAUUAGUAAAUUUAUCAAUCAUUAGUUAUAACUUAUCUAGGAGAAAAACAGAGUGAAAGAGAAAAAAACACAUUAAUGUUAGAUUCUUUUUGUUUGUUUGUUUGUUUGUUUUUGUUAUUGUCUUGAAUUUGUGUUGUUGUUGUUGUUGUCGUCGUCGUCGUUUUGUUUGUUUGUUUUUCAUCUACGUUGUUACAUUGUCCAUUAUGUUUUGUUAUGAUACAUAGUUGUGAAUUCUUUUUAAAUUUACUUAUUUAUUUUAUUUGGUUAGUUUUGAUCUCUUUUCAUCUGCUUAAUUAACUAAGUUGAUUUGCUAUUAAUAAUUACCAUCAUUGUAUUCUAUAUCUUUGAUUUUAUCGAUUUUCUGAUAAAAAAAUAUUACAAAAGAGUGAAUCAUGUUUCAUCCAUUAAAGUUACUCAUCAGUCAAUUUAUUUAAUCAAUAAUUGAUUAAGAAAUAAAUAUUGUGGUAAACAUUUACAUGAAUUAAAUUCCUCCGAAUAGAAAAUGUCUUGUUUCUUCUAGUUAAUCGAUAUGUGUUUAUAUACAAACAAACAAACAAACAAAAACGCCUACAUGUUGAGGGAUAAAUAGUAAUAAAAGAUUAAUAUCAGAUGGGUUUCGUGGAGAUUGUAGUAAUUUCAAUGGUUAAGAUCAUGAGUCAGUUGAUAUGCUCAAUAGUGACUGGCUUCACGAGGUAUAUCCUGGAGUUCUAGUGAGAAGUAGUGACCAGUGGAGUUCAACCAGAUCUGUUGUGAGAUAGUAACUCACUGAAGAUAGUGGUGAAUGUGUCACUCAAUUUCGUGGAUUAGUUGAAGUUAGAGAUUGACACCGUUGGAUGCCGGCUCAUCAGUGGUCUAGUGGUUAAGUGCUCGCGCGCGAAACCAGUAGGUCCUGAGUUGGAAUCUCGCAGGGGGCGAGGUCAUGGAUGCGCACUGCCGAGGAGUUCCACGAUGGGACUAAAUGGCCGUCCAGUGCUUCCAGGUUUUCCAUGGUGGUCUAGCUUCAACUGACGCAUGAUCUUAACCAUUGAAAGUAAUAAAAGGUGUUUUUUCUAUCUUGAUUCUUUUUUUUCAUUUAAAAUGGUUGGAUACAAAAAACUGUUUUCGAUAUUUGAAUUUAUAUAGGUUCAUUCGAAAAUAAUAUUGUUUAUGGAUUAGAAGAUUACUGGAUAGAAGAUUCUAGAUUCGUUCCUUGACUACUUGUUUGUAAUUAUUUCUGUGAAGUUUCACAUUAGGAUAGGAAAUUAGUUCACUGUUUUCAUGGUUUCCAAUUAAAUCAUUGCCUGAAGUUAUUUCAUGAUGAAAACCAUUCAUAAAAUUAAGUAAUCUCAAUAAACUUUCUCAUUAUGUUUAUAAUUUGGAAUUUAAUAAGUUACGUUCAAUCUUAUAUCUCAAUACU